CGCCACAGGAUUUUGUGGCCAUUUGCACAGAUGACGUACUGUGUCAGCAUUUGUAGUGCAGGAAUGUGGGGUGGAAGUCAGGAAACGUAUUACAGAUCAUCUGUAUGUAUAUACGGCAGAGCCGAUGGCCAUACUGUUGGCCUUGCAGUGGGUGAAGGAAGUCAAGCCAGACAGAGUAGUCAUUUGCUCUGAUUAAUGUGCAGUGUUAAUGAGUCUCCAGUCAUUUAUGUCACGUAGCAGACAAGACCUGCUUUAUGAGGUGCUACAAACCCAUGGCAGGAUUAGACAGAUGGGUAUACAGAUAAGAUUUACUUGAAUUCCAGCCCAUGUGGGGGUGGAGGGGAACGAGGCAGUUGAUGUACUGGCUAAACAAGCACUUAGUAGUGGGGAUGUUGUAGUUUCAAUGAGCAAGGCAGAGGCAAAAAGCCUGAUAUGGACAGUGAUGGUGCGGAGAUGGCGGGAGCAGUGGAAUAGAGAUACUAAGGGAAGGCAUUUAUUUCAAGUACAGAGUUAAGUCGGGGAGGGGAAGACGGCAGGAAGGGACAGAAGAGAGGAGGCUAUUUUUACAAAAUUAAAGGUUGGACACAGCCGGUUGAAUAACUCUUAAAUGUGAUAGGAAAGCAUCCAACAGGAAAGUGUGAUUAUUUGCCAGGAAACAGAGACCGUGGAGCAUGUAUUGCUACAGUGUGGGCAUUAUCAGAGAGAAAGAGAGAGGCUGAGAUAUAGUAUGAGGGAAAAGGGGAUACUGGAAAUUAAAGUAUAUUGAGAAGUAUGGCAUUAGAUAUAGUCUCAAAUAUUUUUGUUAUCUUUUUUAUGAGCAAUGGGGCUGGCAGGUAGGAUUUAGUUUCUCCCUGUCUCUGGCCCAUACUUCAAUACAGUAAGUGGUGGUAAUGCACCAUCACGUUGGAUGCUAACCGCUGAUAAACCCCACAGAAGAAGAAGAAGAGUGCUACAUCUUGAUGGGUUCAUGAUGAUUGUACGGAGAUUGUGACAGCCGGUUAGAUGGCGUCCCUUGAGAAGGCAAGAACAAGAUGUAUGUCAGGAGAAAUGCAGUAUUAUCACAAGGAGAUGUAUACUUGGAAUACGGAGGAGCAAUGGAGGGAAAAAGAGAGGCAGAGGAGGUCUAAGAGAGAGAGGGAAGAAGAGGUAGGUGGUAGGUGUGGUGAAGUUCUCUGAGCCCUAGUGUCAGGAUAAAGAUUAGUACAUUUUUUAUUCAUUUUUUACCAAUUUGUGGUUUCAGGGUGUGUGAAAACAGAGUUGGGUGCUGUGGAAUCGGUAACCAGAAGUGGUCUUGUGAUAAUUGUUUGUGUUUCUGCUGGGCAGUGGGAGAAGGCUCUCUGUGUUAAACGAAUGGGGGUAAGAAAUGUGAAUUGUUUUGCUCUCAAGAAAAGGCCGCCAUUGAAAGGAGUGAUUACUGAGGUAGCGGUAAAUGUAAAAGUUGAUCAACUGAAGGGGAAGAUUCACGGUGUUUUGGAUGCUCGUCGUUUGGUGCAACGCAGACAGGGUGGCGUGAGUAGUGAAACAGAACCGUCAUUGUCUGUUCUUUUGAGUUUUGAUGUUGAUUCUUUGCCCGACAAAGUGAUGUUAGGAUAUAUAAGGUAUCCUGUAUGAGCUUUUGUGCCGAAUACAUUACGUUGUUACAGGUGUCAAGCUUAUGGGCAUCUGACAGCAGUGUGUAGGAGGGAGGUUCCUUGGUGUGAGAAGUGUGCAGAAGGACAUGAGACAAAGGAAUGUGUAGCAUUGGGGAAAGUAGUGGUAUGUGUUAAAUGUAGGGGUGCCCAUGGGGCUGGGGAUCAGAAAUGUCCCGUGCGAGAGAGGCAGUUUGAGGUUUCAAGGGUUAGAAUAGUGCAGAAGUUGUCAUAUGCUGAGGCAGUAAAGAAAGUAGAUAGAUGGGUCAAGGGGGAGGGAUCCGGAGAGGAGUGGUGUGAGUAGUAGAACUGUACCAGUACAGAGGGAUAGGGCAACAAGUGAUAUAUGUUUGAGUAAGAUUGGAUUUUUAGCAUUUAUAGCAAUGGUUAUCAACUGUACUGCUGUGAGGGAACGUAAGUCGCAGAAAAUUGAGGUUGUGGUGGCAGCUGCAGAGAGGUAUUUGGGUGUGCGAGACUUGACAUCAGAAGAGUUACAGGGUGUGUUUAGUAAUGGUGUCCCAUCCUUUCAGGUUGUUGACCUGAGGGAUGACUAAAUAGCACUUGGAAAGUUCCUCGGCGUACACAUCAGGGACAAACUGAAAUGGUCCACCCACAUAGACAGUGAGGUGAAGAAGGUGCAACAGUGCCUCUUCAACCUCAGGAGGCUGAGGAAAUGUAGCUUGUCACCUAGAACCCUCACAAACUUCUACAGAUGAACAAUUCAGAGCAUCCUGUCGGCUGUAUCUCCGCCUGGUACGGCAACUGCACCGCCCACAACUGCAAGGCUCUCCAGAGGGUGGUGCGGUCUGCACAACACAUCACCGUAGGCAAACUACCUGCCCUCCAGGACACCUACAGCACCCGAUGUCACAGGAAGGCAAAAAAGAUCAUCAAGGACAACAAACACCUGAGCCACUGCUUGUUCACCCCGCUACCAUCAAGAAGGCGAGGUCACUACAGGUGGAUCAAAGCUGGGACCAAAAGACUGAAAAAUAGCUUCUAUCUCAAGGCCAUCAGACUGUUAAACAGCCAUCACUAACACAGAGAGGCUGCUGCCUACAUACAGACUUGAAAUCAUUCGCCACUCUUAAUAAAUGGAUCACUAGUCACUUUAUUAAUGCCACUUUAAUAAUGAUGUUUACAUAUCUUGCACUAUUCAUCCAAGAUGAAUAUACUGUAUUUUAUACUGUCUAUUGCAUCUCGUCUAUGCCGGUCUGUCAUGGCCCAUCCAUAUAUUUAUAUGUACAUAUUCUUAUUCCAUCCCUUUACUUAGAUUUGUGUGUAUUAUGUAGUUGUUGUGAAGUUGUUAGAUUACUUGUUAAAUAUUGCUGCACUGUCGGAACUAGAAGCACAAGCAUUUCGCUACACUCGCAAUAACAUCUGUUAACCAUGUGUAUGUGACAAUAAGAUUUGAUUUGAAUAGAUUUAAAUAGCGGAGCAGUAUACGGGAGUUGUACUCCAGUCGCGUAGAUGGCGGUAAUGCAACAUUUAUUGGAUGCCAAACGCUGUUAAACCUCAUCAAAGAAUAAGUUGUGUAACGUUAUGAACGACGAGGACUGACGGAGAAAGUAAAAACAAAGCGAAACUUACCAUUUUUGGUAAAGCAUGUCUGUAAAACAUGCCAUCAGCCGUGGGGUGGAGUUGGGACGGUCGGUUAUCCAGCUAGGUCUCCUCAAAUCUGCUGGUCGACUUGCAGCAAAGUUCCGAGGUGAGCGUCUUCGUGUAGGCCAACCAGCCCGCACCGUUCAGCCUCAGACUUUCCUGCCAGUUCGGUACCGAUAUUUCCGCAUGUCGUUGAGGGGUCUUGCAGCACAGCUGCAGUCCGGUGGUUUCAGGAGGUUUGGGGGCAGCGGCUCGCCAAGAAACAGAGCAGUGUUUUUGGCUUUCGGUCUCGGUGUGGGGUUGAUCGAACAACAGCUCGAUGAUGAUCGAAGGAGUGCUGCGACAUGCCAGGAAAUCCAGGCUGUGUUUACCAAGAAGAAGUACUGCAGUCCUCUCAAGUGCUUCACCUCGGGCUACAAGCUGGAGGACUAUGUUAUUGGGAAGCAGAUAGGAAAAGGCUCCAACGCUGCAGUGUAUGAAGCUGCGGCACCAUUCGCUGUGCCCAGGGACAUGGAGAGUGACCGGUGUUCCCUAAAUGACCAGCUCAGUGAAGAUGGAGAGGUGGCCACUGGGUCUCUGAGGAGCCCCUCCAGCUCCCUGGGCAUCUAUCCUCUAGCUGUCAAGAUGAUGUGGAACUUUGGGGCUGGUUCAUCAAGCGAGGCUAUUCUGAGAUCCAUGUCCCAGGAGCUGGUCCCCGCAGGCCCUCUCGCCAUGAAACAGGAAAAAGAGGAACAGAUUGCACUAAAUGGGUAUUUUGGGGAAGUGCCCAAGAGGGUUUCUGCCCACCCCAAUGUGAUCAGGGUGUUCCGGGCAUUCACAGCGGAUGUACCCCUUCUACCCGGUGCCCAGGAGGAGUACCCUGAUGUCCUGCCAGCCAGACUCAACCCUGAGGGCCUGGGCAACAACCGUACUCUGUUCCUGGUCAUGAAGAAUUACCCAUUCACCCUGCGUCAGUACCUGGAGGUGAACGUGCCCAGUAGGAGAGAGUGCUCUCUGAUGAUGCUGCAGCUGCUAGAGGGGGUCGACCACCUGUACAGACAGGGCAUCGCUCACAGGGACCUUAAGUCAGACAACGUGCUCCUGGAGUUUGACUCAGAGGGCUGCCCCCGCCUGAUAAUCACAGACUUCGGCUGCUGUUUGGCUCAGAGUGACUCUAGUCUCCAACUACCCUUUAACACUAUGUGGGUGAACAGAGGAGGCAACUCCUGCCUGAUGGCACCUGAGGUUGUCACUGCAGUUCCUGGGCAGGGUGUGGUUAUCAAUUACAGCAAGGCAGAUGCAUGGGCUGUCGGGGCCAUUUCUUAUGAGAUAUUUGGCCAGGCCAACCCGUUCUAUGGAGCAGGUGGACUGGAAAGCAGGAAUUUCCAGGAGAUCCAGCUCCCUGCCCUGCCUGCCUGUGUAUCUGCUGACAUGCAACUAGUCGUCAAGCUGCUUCUGCGUAGGAACCCCAAUAAGCGCCCCAGUGCCAGAGUGGCUGCCAACAUGCUGCAUCUGAGCCUCUGGGGAAGGCGUGCCCUUGCCAAUCAGGACAGCGCUGGCAUGAAGAAGCUAGCUGAUUGGCUGCUGUGCCAGUCUGCUGUGGUGCUCCUGAGGGGCUGCGGCCCCAGUGGGAGCUCGGUGGAGGAGGAGCUACAGAGGUGCUUCCUGUCUAACCUGGACCUGGAAGACCUCCGAUUGGCUGUCAGCUUCCUCAUGUACGGACGAGAACAGGGCAGAGCCAGCAUCAUGUCGCUUUAGGUCCUCAGUCUAACCCAGAGACAUAUAUGUGUAACUCUGGUCUAACCUGUUGAGUUUGAAUGUAGGUGAACAUAGUGCCAGGGGUGGAAAAUGGAAUUUAAAAAAGUCACUGUGAAUUUGUGGGAACCCACCAAUAUAAAAUCGAAAUAGUUUCUCUCCCCAUUUCCACUCCUGCCUAUAGAGCUUUCCGGAAACAAAUAUAAGCACUUUUUAAUUCAUGCUAAGACUCCAUAUGUUAGGGGGUUGAAUUUUAUUUUGGGAAUUUUUGCACUUUGUCCAGUUUGGACCUGGUCAAUGACAUGCUUGAGGUUUACCCCUUUGUUUGGUUUGUGUAUUUUCCAAAUCAUCACAUCUUACCUGAGUUGCACCACUACGGUCUCAUAUAGACUAUUCCAUAGCCUCUAUGAGUGUGUUUUUGACUAAGAGCAUGAGGUAGUCAAUGUAUUUACUGUAUGUCAAGGAUGAUAUGAUAAAGCAUCUAAAUAUCUCCAGAUGGUUAUGUAGCAGAAUAUCAGUUCAGAUUUAAUAGCAAUACCAGAUCACUGUAUUUCACAUUUUGAGUUAAAAGUCCUUUAUUUAAAUAAAAUGAAAGUCCUUGCAUGCGAAAAUUGAUUAAUGGGACAUUUUAGAAUAUAGUCCUAUAAAAAUUACAGAAUGAGUUUUGUUUCUGACAACAAACACUUUGUGAAGCUACGUUUUUAAUUGUGAGGAUGUUUUUAAUAAACACUGGAUGUAGUGUAAAAGACAUAUCCAAAGAUUAUAAUAAAGUGUUAGUGUUUGAA